UUGGCUACGUGCAGACGUCAAAGCGCAUACAUCGUAUCCCAGCAUGCAGCAGGAGGCCGUUUAGGGAUCCAGCAGCUGGUAGUGAGUUGCUAGAGCGCCGAGCAGGCAGCAGCCAUCGGUCAACACAGCACACACAUUUCCUCUCCAUGUGAGAAAAACUGAGCCGUCUACCAUCCAGGCGACAGAAAAAUAUGCUGUUCGGACGCCCGACGAGUCACCGCGCCGGCUUUUGAGUCACCAUUGUCAUCCGGUUUUCAUUUUGGAGGAUUCCUCCCUCCAUCCUCCGGAUCGCACCGAACAGGCAAUGACAACGGUCUCAGCAACCCCGCUGCAGAUGAGGGACCGGCUGCUGCAGGCCAUCGACAGUCACAGCAAUAUACGCAAUAUGGUGGCUGUACUGGAAGUAAUUACAUUUCUUGAAAAGUAUCCUAUCACCAAAGAAACACUUGAGGAAACCCGACUUGGAAAAUUGAUCAAUGAUGUAAGGAAGAAGACCAAGGAUGAAGACCUCGCCAAGCGUGCUAAGAAACUCUUACGGAACUGGCAAAAGCUGAUUGAACCUGGGCCUGCUGUGGCUGCGAGUGCCCCUGGGUCUACCAAUGGCAGUUCUCAUCCCUGUAGAACUGAGGCCCCUCCUCCUGAUAUUUCUGUGUCGGGGAAGGGUGUCCCCGAAGUCAAAAUCAGAAACGAUGUUCACAACACAUACUCCCCGAAAGCUGAGAAGUCAAGCAACCGCAAACGCAGAGCAGAGCACAGAGACAGUGGAGUGCACUUACCAGAAAAAAUCUCCAAAAUGUCAUAUGAUAACUCUGUUUCACCACCACCCACCAAUGGGAUUGCAGGCAGUCCUGAUCCCCCGCCUGACCCGCAAGUCGUCCCUUCUCCAGACAGAUCUCGGAUAGAGCACCUUGAUAAUGAUAAAAUCAACAGAAUUCCAGUAAAUGCUGUCAAGCCUCGCCCCAGCUCACCUGGUGUGGCCAAACUACCUAGCACUUCCUCUAUGAUCAAGGUUGCUGUGAUGCAGCAACAAGCCAGACUGGAUGAAGGAGGAGGAGGAGGGGCAUAUUAUCAAGCCAAAAGUCCCCGUGGCCUCACAACCAGUCCAAGAAGCGUGAAGCAAGACACACUGACCAAGCGCUCUUCAGCAUAUGCACCGAAAGGAACGCCUGUCCCAAGCCCUUCCUCAAGGGACUCCCCCUUGUCUUUGCCCCAGCCCGUAGCCUCUCCAGCCCAAGCAUCUUACGCUGACAAGCUGCCACAUUCUUCUCACAGGUCUUCAACGCACUGGGCCAGUGUGUCAGAAGUUCCCUCUCAUUGCCCACCACAAGACCUAUCUGCAACACUGGAAUCUCCAUCAGUCUCCCCUUCACCCUCUCACGCGCAACACAACUCAGAACUACACAGACCAACAUCUGAGGGAGCCAUGUCUGUGUCUGAUGACACAGACGGGACAACGGUCCCCAACUCAGACCAUAAAAGGAGGAAGUACAGACCAAGAGACUAUUCUGUUAACUUAGAUGGUCAGAAAAUAGAGGAUACGACGAAGCCUGUUCGGUUAAAAGAACGUAGACUAACUUUUGACCCUGUCACAGGUCAGAUCAAACCUCUGGUACAUAAAGAAACUUCUCAAACAGAGGAAGGCCCCACUCCCGACCCUGUUGAGUCUAGGCAGAGAACUGAAAGCACUGUAUACCCGCCAGUUGCCCCGGCCCCGCUCCCUGCUCCAGCUCCAGCUCCAGGUCCAGCUACAGGUCCAGGUCCAGGUCCAGCUCCAGGUCCAGCUCCAGGUCCUAGCCCGAACCCCUUCCAUCAAACGAACUGGAAGGAGCUGUCGAGAAAUGAAAUCAUCCAGUCCUACUUGAACCUUCAGAGCAAUGUGCUCACCUCCUCGGGAGUCCAGGCCCCUGGUGCACACUUUUUCAUGUCAGAGUAUCUGAAAAGGGAAGAACAGGAGAUCAAAGACUCGCGGAAGGUACACGUUCUGCAGAAGGACAGCUCGGUAGGGGAAUUACCGGGCGUGAGCCGGGAGGUGACAGCAGAGGACCUGGACAGGAUACACACACAGCGAUGGCCGGGGGUGAACGGUUGUUAUGACACCAAGGGCACCUGGUUUGAUUGGACAGAGUGCAUAUCAUUAGACCCUCACGGGGAUGAAAGCAAAUUGAACAUCCUGCCAUAUGUUUGCCUAGACUGAGGGGUUUGGGGAGGUUGCUGUCCUUUUCCACUCCUUUUCCUUGUCUCCCCACAGAGACAAGAUACUUUGUGAUUUUGUUUGUCCACUGUGAGUUCGGCAAGAAGCCAGGCCUGCUAAACUCCCGCCCCAUGCCUCUUCCUCUUUCUGUGAUAAUCUGUUCAGAUUUUGGUAUAAAAAGAGUAAAGAUUAAAAGAAUAGUUGAGUUUGUAAUAUCAAGGGCUGUUUCUGUUUUAUUUUUCAAACUGAAAGCCACAGGAAUGAUGAGGCCCUAACAGCAGAGUGCUGCUACUAACACCCUAGGCGGAAAGAAAGAAAGAAACGGAAACAACAUUAUCAUCCCAGAUAAGCGGAAAUGGUGUUGUGAUGUGAAUUUUUAAUGUUCUGAAUCGUACCUCUAUUUCAGGCUCGCUGGGAUCGUUCUGUUGUCUUUUUUCGCCUUCUAGUUUCUAACAAGGAAUUACAAUCUAGGGUUAAGUUUGAGGGAAGGCUGGGGUUUAGCUGUCCUGUCCAGAUCGCCAUGUUGGUGCCCAUAAAGGUGUUGAUAGAAUUCAUCUAGCACAGGUAGAGCUGAACAUGUCCAGAGUAUGAAAUACUGGUGCAUAUUCAGCAGUUACAAGAAGCUUUAUGUGAGAUAUAAAGAGUAAAUUAUAAAUUUCUUAUGUAUACAUCUAUUUAUUUUUGACCUGUCCAUUUAUGGGACGUUCAUUCAAACAGGUGUUCAUAAACCUAUAGAUCUGUUUUGUUUCUGUUUGCAUCACAAUGUCGUCAGCCUAUCAUCAAUGUUCAUGGGGCAUACAGAUGUUUUGAGUUUUUUUGCAGGGUCUUUCUUAAAGAUUGCUUUCGGUCAUAAACAUUCCAUACACCAUCUUUCACCUGCUCUCCCUCUGUUUCAUCUCACAGCUCUUACAUGUCCACGCUAACUCUCAAGAAGAAACUCAUUCAGAAGAAUCACUUGGUUUCAGAUGGUUUUCUCCAAAUAUCGCUAAUUUAAACUUUAAUUCAGCUUCUCACCACAAACUAUUCUCUCCUCAUACCGAAAUAUUACGAAUGUGAAACUAGACUGUGCCGAUCAAUAAUUGCAUUUUCAGAGACAAAGACAUGGAAAUAUUUGAUGCAGAGACUUUGUUUCUGUUCCUUUUUAGAUUUUGUUUGCCUUCAGGAAUUCCUUCACGAUCUUCUGAGUUAAAACAGCCUUAGUGAAUGUACAGGAGUGAGACCUCUUAUGCAGUUGACAACUUGUUGGUCAUUUCAUCACUGGCGUAAUUCAAGUGUGAAUUGUGACUGAUGCUCCCGCAGUUUAUGUGCCCACAUUUGUACUCAGUUUCAGACACAUGAAAAGUUUUAGCAGCCGCUUUCGAGAGUUUUCUAAAACAUUUAAGAGGCUCUUUGAGGCGGCGUCUCUUUUUCUUAACAGCCACCAGAGAGAGAGAGAAAGCUGUGUGCAUCAGAUAUUCUUGCCAUUUUUCUACGCAAAAACUAAUACUCCAUUUUGAUUUUUCCCUUUAUACUCAUCCGUCACUACCACUUUUCUCUCACGUGAUUUAAAUGAUGAUUGGCUUCUGUGCAGCCUCUCUGUCCAUACCUUCGUUCAGUCAUUCAUCCUCUACCAAUGUGCCUUGGUAAAUGGUAAAUCUGGAUUUGCUCCCGCAUAAAACGCACCUGUUGGUGGAACCGGGUUUAUGUGUGACAAUUCCAAAUCCCGCGAUCGAUACGACGCUGUUAUAUGCACCGUUUCUGUUACUUUUUGUACACACUGAUCUAGCGAGGGUGAAGCUGCAGACAAUGAGAAACUGCACAACAACAACACAGCUGGCAAUAAAGGAAAAGUGCUACAACUGGUUGAGAAGGAUCUGUUUUCUGGAGUUUUGACUGGGGGCAUCUUUCUUUGUUCAGUGUUUAACAUCUCUCAAUUGUUUGAAAAAUAAAAUGAUCUAAAUCUUCA